AUGGGAGCGCCGCAGGAGGCGCAGUUGGAAACCAGAGUGAGGGAGGGCGUUUUGAUGGAGCACUACACCAACAUCCACCGCCUACGCGCCCUCUUGCUGAGCCACCCGCUCGUCUCCACCGCCACGCCGCACAAGGUGGACAAGGCGCUCGACCCCAAGUGCUUCGACGAGGACGGUUGGGCCUAUAAAUAUCACCAGUCCCCUUGGGACUUGUCAUUCACCCUCGGAUGGGCCACGAACCAUAUCAAGAAGCCGCUCGCGGCGAUGUGGUGGUUGAUGCAAGGGAAGGCCGCGACGGCGGAUAACCUCGCCCACGCGGAGGCGAUAUUCUUGGAUCCUCCGGCGGCCACUGCGGCGCCGCCGCCGGCCAGGCCCCUGCCUCCGGCGGCAAUUGCGGCGCCGCCGCCGGCCAGGCCCGCGCCUCCGGCGGCAACUGCGGCGCCGCCGACGGCCGGGCCCCAGCCUCUGGCGGGAGACGCGGCGCGGGCGCCGGCCCGCGCCAGCGAGCCCGCGCCGGAGAGGCCGCCGGCCCCCGGCGAGCCCGCGCCGCAGAGCCCGCCAGCCCCCAGCCAGCCCGCGCCGCAGAGCCCUCCGGCCCCGGACACCGCCUGUCCGGUGGAGCCUUUGGCGGGGGCGCCCGCCGCCGCGCCGGGGGCGUCCGCCGACGCCACCAGCGCGGCCUCCGCGCUGCUGCCAGCGGCGAGCGUCGAUGCCGGUGCUGCCGCCUGCGACAAGCCUGCGGACAGCGCCCCAGGCGGCGCCGAGCGCCGCGACCACCUCGAGGAUUUCCAGCUGGACGAGGCGAUGAGGAUGUCCGAGCAGGAAUCGGCUGAAGUCCGCGAUCUCGAUUACAGCCCAGAUCAGAAGUCGGACCCUCCGUCGGACGAGGAGGAGGAGGGCGUCGAGGCCGACCCAGCGGAGCCGCAGAGCAGGGUGCGUCGCCGCUCGAGGUCGCGAGCGGGGCCCGCGCGCCCGCGCGACCCAGCCUCUGGCGGGGCGGACGGCGAGAUCGACCUCACCAUGCACGUGUCCGCCAAGAGGCUGCAGCGGCUGACCGAGGACCAGAAGGAGCGGCUUCGCCAGAUUGUGCGCACCAGCGAUAGGCAGCUGCACUUCGGCGAUUACUGGCAGAGCAGGCCGCGGGCGGGGGGUCCUCCUCGGGAGCCAGCGGCGACGGCCAGGGCUCGCGAUCGGCAUCGGGCGCUGCUCCUCCAGCACCUGCGGGCGUACGCGGACCCGAUCCCAGACGCCGCAGAGUUCAUCGCGGGAAUCCCUUCCAAGAACGCCGGGCGCUGGGGCGUCAACGAGGAUGUCGUGAAGGCCAUCGCCAUCAGGAAGGUCCACUACAUGCAUUUGCUGACCCACCAGAUGGAGCACGACCGUCUGCUCUUCUGCGAGGAGUGGCCGGACCUCAGCCCAGCCUCUGGCGGGUGGUGG